AGUUUAAAUUAAUGUUGCAAUAAUUUAUUGAAGAUCAGUUUAAAAUAACAACGCAGUAAGAAUUUCGUGAAGCGAGAUAGAUUAUCUUAAUGAAUUUUAUUCCAUGACUAUGGAUGACAGGGUUGAGUGGCAUGAAAUGGUGUAAACGAGUAUGCGCGGAAUCGCAACCGUUAGAAAAUUGCGCCAUUUUUUAGUUGUAACCAAGAUAAUUUUCCGAGUGUUAUAACAUUAGACUAAAUAUUUAUGAUAUCAUAAACGGUGGUGUACCAACGGAAGCUUCGCGCACGAGGCAACAUUUUUACCGGGUUGUUUUAAGAAAAGUAUUUGUUUCUGUAAACAAAAUGUCGGUGGAUACGCUUAGUGAUUCGGAACUGCGUAGAAAAUUGAUGGAAUAUGGGUACCCGGUGGGUCCAGUGACACAGACCACUAGAAAGAUUCUUGCGAAGAAAUUAAAAAAUCUGAUUGAAACUCGAGGCGGUACAGGGUCACGACAUUCAUUGGCUGCCAGAUACAGCAGCGAAGAUACGGAUGAUGAUUCAAGUUCAACAGUUAGUAAGAAGAAAAAGACAACAGCGAGCUCUAGAAGACAAACUAUGGCAAAUCCAAUGCCUCCACCUUCGCCGGUUUUAACUUCUUCCGAUGUAAACAUACUAAAAAAUGUCAAAGACAAAGGAGAUUCUGAAUUCAAAGAUCCUGUGGUACCAGAUUAUGAUAGUUCGUCGUCCUUUACAACGCGUACAUUAACAAAAACUACUCAUAAGAAGUAUAUGAAAUCUAACAAGUCGUCAAGUGUAACCGACGGACUAGAAACUGGUUCAGAUUCGGAUGUUAUCGAAGAACCAAUCAAAAGUUAUUCGCCGUCUAAAUACUUAUCAAAUGUUGGAAAAUCUCAUGAUUCUAUGAUAUACAAACACAAUGUAUCUGAUCAAGAACAAAUUCCAAAAUCGUAUGAUGCAAAAUCAAGGUCUAUUCAUACUAUAAAAGACAACAAAUACAAUGAAUCAGUUUUUGAUUCCAAUAUGUCUCCGAUACAAGCUACAACCGAGGAUGUAUGUAUGAAAGAUAAUUCAAAUCAAAGAGAUCUGCUGGCAAGUUAUGAAACGCCAUUUUUAUCAGAAUUCACUAGGAGACUCAGCUCAAGAUCAUCUGUAAAUUUACCAUCGACAUCGUUGUCGAAUUUGAAAAGCCCAUCUUCGUGUCUUACAUCAAAUGUACCAGACUUGAAAGAAAAAGAUUCAAACGGUCAUUUUUCGUCCUUACGAUCAUUGUAUUCCUCAUCAAAUGCUGGUUCAAGGCACACAACAUCGUCCGUGGAUAGACCUCGAGAAACGAUGAGUAGAACGUUCAAAUCUUCACCUACGAACAGAGAAGAUACGCGCAAUAACCACAAUAUGGUGUCUGUGAUUUUAGUCAUGGUACUUGCUUUAUUUUUUGGAAUCCUUGCCGUUAUAUACAUGGGACUUAGUGGAAAAACAGAAACUUUUCCAUCACUUGCAACGGAUAGCAACAUACCACUGUGUUUUCUCGAGGAUGACCUUGAAACACCUGGAGUUAACUGUGUACUGAAAGAAAACGUAGAAUCGGUACUGCAAUUAUUGAAGCGGCUUCAACCGAUUUUAACGAAAAAAGCUGUGUCCAUGAUAUGCGACAAUUCUAGCGAAACGCCUUAUUUAACUGAUUCUGAGAUCAUGCAAAUGUUCACAAAUAGUAGAGUGACAAGCCUGGAGGUGAAGGAAGAUUUGCAAAAUGCACAAUUGCUUGUUAUAAAGAAUCCUCAAUGGGGUAUAUCCCUGAUAGAUAUAAGCGACGAUAAUGGAAAUCCUGGCGACGUUUUGGAUUCCUUGGAUAAACUAUUUUCUACUCGUUUAAAUGGGAAAGUUGGAAUGAUGAUCACGAACCCGGAAUUGCCGAUGAAAUGUCUAAUUAAGAACAAGCUUUUCACCAUAUUUUCGUCCCUUCUAAUCGUGUCACUUGGCCUUCUAGCAGCUAUAGGGAUCCAGAAAUUAUUUGUUUGGUACAUAAGGUACAAGAAAAGUACCGAGAGAGAAGUGUUUAAACUUGUUAGCGACAUUAUUAACAUGGUCGAGAUGCAUCAUCAAAAUGCGGCUGUUGCAACGCCCGGUGGGACGCAAGAAAGUUUCCUAGCCAUAAAUCAUGUACGGGAUAAUCUUAUACCACCGAAAGAUCGUAGAAAAAUGGCUGGACUCUGGGAGAGAGCAGUUAAAUUCUUAGAUGAAAAUGAAUCCAGAAUUCGAAGGGAAGUACAACAGGUUGCUGGCGAAGAGUUUCACGUAUGGCGUUGGUUACCUAAUAAUACUCUAAAUAAAUCAAACACACAGAUAUUUGGUUUAAAUAAAAAAUCUAAAGUGUGGCAAGGCCAAGCGUUUGAAACGAUGGAAGGUUCUGUUAAUAGUCUGACUUGUUCGCCAACACCGUGUUUAAAAAUAAGGCAUAUGUUUGAUGCCGAUGUAGAAUUUGAGGACGAUUGGGAAACAAAAGUGCAAGAUGCCAUUCUAGAAAAAUGUGGAGAUGGUGUAAAAAUUCUACAUAUUCGUGUAGAUCGUGGUAGUCGAGAAGGUUGCGUUUAUAUGAAAUGUAUGUCGCAAGAAGAUGCGGGAAAAGCUUACAGAGCUUUGCAUGGAUGUUGGUUCGAUGGUCACUUAGUAACUGUGAAGUACCUGAGAUUGGAGAGAUACCAUGAGAGAUUUCCAGACGCGCGUCGUUGCACAACACCGUUAAAGCCAAGUAACAAUCAACGAUUAUCAAUGCAGGUGGAUUAUUAGAAGGAGUGUUACACGUGAAUGUAAACUAACAAAAAUACCUCUUUGCUUGUACGCGUAAGAUAACAAGUAAAAUUUCAAUGUUAGCCGCUAAAUAAUUGUUUGCGGUUCAGAAUCAACGAGAUACUUCUAUUUUUUCCUCUGAAAGAGAAUAGAACUUCGUACUAUCGCGCAGAAGUAUGAAGUCCUUGGGACUUGUAAUUGUGUGAUAGUAUUCUAAGAAGAGGCAGAGACUUUUUAUAAGCAUUUUCGUUUUCGAUUUGUAACUUGUAUAUUAUGUUCUAUCGUCGUUUUUUUUUUUAAAAAGAAAAAAAUU